AGGUUAGGUAGGAUUUCUUGGCAAUCACAUGCUUUUCUGUUGUUUGUUUCCUUGCUCUGCUACUUUUAGGCUUUGCUGUUUGGUUUUUCAACAAUUGUGCUCUCAGGAAAUGGUGAAGGGUGGGAAGCUAAUCUUCUCAUCUGACGCAACAAAGAAAGCUCGCUUUGGUGUACUCCCACGAUAUGCAAAAGAUGAGCUUCAAAUCAGAUGGUUUGAGCUCCCAAAUUGCUUUUUCUUCCAUAAUGGUGGGAAGUGCCUUGUUCCUGUGGGUCUAGGAGAUGAUGAUCAAUGCAUUGAGGGAGCUCCACACGUCAUCUCCGCAAAGCUAUAACUUAAAGUGUAGAUUAUUUUGUAAAUUUGAUUUUGCAAUGAAACAUCUUCAAGCACAUUAUUUUCUUAUGUUUUUAUUUGGAUUAAUCUCUAUUUUGAUGGAAUGUAAUAAACUUCUGUUAAUUUAUUUCUCUCGACCCUAAAUUUCGUGU